UGUGGAAACCGUCUUUCUAUACCCUUGGGCAAUGAGUUUCGACGUAUUGGGUGUAUCCGUUUUUAUCGAAGCUUUGAUUUUCGUGCUUAUCUUAGUUGUCGGUUUAGUUUAUGCAUGGCGAAAAGGAGCCUUGGAAUGGUCUUAACUGAAUAUUUAGACAAAAAAAAAGAAGGAAAAGAUUCUAUUGAGACAGUUAUGAAUUUGAUUGAGUUUCCCUUACUUGACCAAACAAGUUCCAAUUCUGUUAUUUCAACUACACUAAAUGAUCUUUCGAAUUGGUCAAGACUCUCCAGUUUAUGGCCCCUUCUAUACGGUACCAGUUGUUGUUUCAUUGAAUUUGCUUCAUUAAUAGGUUCACGAUUCGAUUUUGAUCGUUAUGGAUUGGUACCAAGAUCAAGUCCUAGGCAAGCAGACCUAAUUUUAACAGCCGGUACGGUAACAAUGAAAAUGGCUCCGUCUUUAGUGAGAUUAUACGAGCAAAUGCCUGAACCAAAAUACGUCAUUGCUAUGGGAGCCUGUACUAUUACAGGGGGAAUGUUCAGUACGGAUUCCUAUAGUACUGUUCGGGGAGUUGAUAAGUUAAUUCCUGUGGAUGUCUACUUGCCGGGCUGCCCUCCUAAACCGGAGGCAGUUAUAGAUGCCCUAACAAAACUUCGUAAGAAGAUAUCGCGAGAAAUAGUUGAGGAUCGAACUCUAUCUCAAAAUAAAAAAAGAUGUUUUACUACCAGUCACAAGCUUUAUGUUAGGCGCAGUACUCAUACAGGAACUUAUGAGCAAGAAUUGCUCUAUCAAUCACCAUCGACAUUAGAUAUAUCUUCUGAAACUUUUUUAAAAUCCAAAAGUCCAGUACCUUCCUACAAAUUAGUGAAUUAGGAGGGGGGGGCUCUUUUGUGUAGAAAAAGAAAAAGCAGAGCAAUCUUUCAAACUUGCAUCCGAAAUGGGAAAUAUUUAUACAAAGAGGGAGAGAUGAAGACAAUGCAGCAGGGUUGGUUAUCUAAUUGGCUAGUCAAACAUGAGGUGGUUCAUAGAUCUUUGGGCUUUGAUCACCGAGGAAUAGAGACUUUACAAAUAAAAGCAGGGGAUUGGGAUUCCAUUGCUGUCAUUUUAUAUGUAUAUGGUUAUAAUUAUUUACGCUCCCAAUGUGCUUAUGAUGUAGCACCCGGUGGAUCUUUAGCUAGCGUGUAUCAUCUUACAAGAAUACAAUACGGUAUAGAUAAUCCAGAAGAAGUCUGCAUAAAAGUCUUUGCCCAAAAGGAUAAUCCUAGAAUUCCGUCUGUCUUCUGGAUUUGGAGAAGUGCCGAUUUUCAAGAACGCGAAUCUUAUGAUAUGGUGGGAAUCUCUUAUGAUAAUCAUCCGCGCCUUAAACGUAUCCUAAUGCCUGAAAGUUGGAUAGGCUGGCCCUUACGUAAGGACUAUAUAACCCCCAAUUUUUAUGAAAUACAAGAUGCUCAUUGAAUGAUAAGAAAUUCGUGCUCACUUAUACAACACAACUCCAGAUUUUAUUCAAGUCAAGGAAUAUUUUUAGGUUCUUUUCCUAGAUGAAACGGAAUACCUAUUUAUAAUUAAUUCCUAUUAUACAAAAGCAUUCCAGAUAGACUGAGCCAAAAAAGGGUUUCAUUUGGAUUCCCCUAUUUUGAAAAUCACAUAUUAAUUUCCUUCAUAUGAACAGAAAAAUAGGAUGACUCAAAGAAGUUCUCUACCAGGAACUUUGUAUCGCGCACAUGACUUAGCACAACUAGGAAAAUAAGAUAAGAUAAAGAUAAGCAAGACUAAAAAAAUAUUCGUCGGAAUAGUGGAAUACAAAAUAAAGAAACGCAAAAAAAUAAAGGGGAACCUAAUCUCACCCCCUUCCUUAUCAUAAAGAAAGGGUAUAUUUUAAAACUUCUCUAAAAAGAAGUGCCUCUAUAUUUAUAUUAUAGAUUUAUCCACUUAGAUGAAUAAAUCAUACUCUAUCUAUAUUAUAUAUUAUUAAUAAAUAUGUAUCACAAUCCAUCUCGAGGUAUUUGGAUCAAUACCUAUUCGGUGGAUCUUUUUUUUUCUCUGCCAGGAACCAGAUUUGAACUGGUGACACGAGGAUUUUCAGUCCUCUGCUCUACCAACUGAGCUAUCCUGACCUUUUCUUGUGCAUCAUCCUAGUAGAGUAUUUGUAUCUAUGUCAAUUAAAAGGACUAAAAAAUCAAUUAAAGUAUUUCAAAUUCAAAAUUUGAAAGGGGGGGGGUAGCCCUAUGCAUUGUGCAUGGUUUACUUAAAUAAUACUUAAAAAUAGAGUGAAUAACCAAGAUUUCUUGCCGAUACUCUAAUAAAAAAGAAAUCUAUUCAAUGAAUAGGAUAAGAUCCAUUGAGUUCUCUUCGCAUUCCUUUCCUUUGUGAAAGAGUAGAAUGAGAAAGCUAAUGAAUCUUAAACCCAUUGAUAAAAA